AUGUGCAGCGGUAUGGGGUAUGAGAAUGAGAAUGAAGAAGGGCGGCGUCUGGAUGUUUAUUCUUUGCUUGAAUUUUCAGCUGCAGAUGAUGUGAUUGGUUUCAAAAACGCCGUCGAAAACGAGGGUUGUGAUGUUGAUGAGGCUGGCUUGUGGUAUGGGAGAAGGGUUGGUUCGAACAAAUUGGGUUAUGUUGAGAGGACUCCUCUUAUGGUUGCUGCUAUGUUUGGAAGCUUGAAUGUUUCGGCGUAUAUUCUUGGAACGGAUUGUGUUGAUGUUAAUCGGGGUAGUGGAUCAGAUGGCGCCACUGCUCUUCAUUGUGCUGUUGCUGGGGGUUCUGCUGCUUCGGCCGAGAUUGUUAAGCUUUUGCUUGAUGCAUCGGCGGAUGCUGGUGCUGUAGAUGUGAACGGUAAGCGGCCCGUUGACUUGAUUGUCUCGGUUGGGAAGUCUAUGUUUGAUUCGAGGAAGAGGAUGCUGCAAGUUCUUCUUGAGGGUACGGGCGGCGCUGAGCAGACAUGUCUUAUAUUUCCGGAGACAAUUGACGGUUUUGAUGAAUAUGAAAGGCAAGCUUUAAACUCGCCUCGUUUUUCGAAAGAUUAUCUUGUUGAUCUUUCUCUUCCUGACAUAAAGAACGGAAUAUAUAGUACCGAUGAGUUUAGGAUGUAUACAUUCAAAGUGAAGCCUUGUUCAAGGGCGUAUUCUCAUGAUUGGACCGAGUGUCCUUUUGUUCAUCCGGGGGAAAACGCAAGGCGACGCGAUCCGAAGAAAUAUCCUUAUAGCUGUGUUCCUUGUCCUGAGUUUCGCAAAGGAUCGUGUAGCAAAGGGGAUUCGUGUGAUUAUGCUCAUGGUAUUUUUGAGUGCUGGCUUCAUCCUGCGCAAUAUCGGACACGUCUUUGCAAGGAUGAGGGCUCGUGCACAAGAAGAGUUUGCUUCUUUGCUCACAGGGUUGAGGAGCUUCGCCCCUUGUAUGCUUCUACCGGUUCUGCUAUUCCAUCUCCAAGAUCAUAUUACAGCAGUGCUUCUGCAUUAGAGAUGAGUUCUCUUAGCCCUACCACGCUUGGUUCUCCGUCUGGUUUGAUGCCGCCCUCGUCAACACCGCCUUUGACUCCAUCCGGAGCGUCUUCUCCUGUUUCUGCGGCAGCUAUGUGGCAGGUACAAUCUAAUGUUUCGGUCCCUACCCUUCAGCUUCCCCGAAGCAGGUUGAAUUCGGCAAUAACUGCUAGAGACAUUGAUUCAGAUAUUGCAAUGCUUAGGGCUGAAACUCAGCGGCGAAACCAGCAACUAAUGAUGGAUGAGAUAUCCGGUCUUUCCUCGCCUUCCAACUGGAAAAAUUCCAUGCCUAACAGUUCAUCUUUUCCGGUUUCUUUGAACGAUCAUACUACUGGCGAACUAAAUAAGUUUUCGGGUGUGAAGCCUACUAACCUCGAAAACAUUUUCGGAUCACUUGAUCCAUCAAUAUUGCAUAAAUUCCAUGGAAUGUCACUUGAAGCUGCAGGAACUCAGUUACAAUCUCCAACCGGAAUCCCAAUGUGUCCAAAUAUGAAUCAGCAGAACUACUCUUCCAGUGUGAUUGGAUCCCCGACUAGAUUUGAUCCUUCCGGGGAGUUAUCUGCAGCGGCUUUGAAUUCAAGAGCUGCCGCCUUUUCCAGGAAGAGCCAGAGCUUUAUCGAACGCAGCAUGGCAAACCGUCAUUCCGAGCUUCUUUCUCCUGUCAAUCCUUACGCCUUUUCCAACUGGGGAUCACCCGACGGAAAACUGGAUUGGACCAUACAAGGUGAAGAACUUUACAAGCUGAGGAAAUCGUCUUCUUUUGGAUUUCGAAGCAGCAAUACUCCUUUAACUACACCGGAAAAUGACAAUGAACCAGACGUCUCUUGGGUUAAUUCGCUUGUGAAGGACGCUACCCCGCAGGAAUCUAGCCGGAUUAUCGAUGAAAAUCAGAAACGGAAACUGCAAUACAAUCUUAACAACGGAACAGACGCGAUUCCAGCUUGGUUGGAGCAAUUGUACAAGGAUCAAGAACAAACUGUGCAUUGA